UGACUCUAAAUCCCUUCGGAAGUCAACUAAAAUACUCAAGGUUGAGGCUACGUCAUUGAACAGUACUCUUCAAGGGCAUUUGGUUGCCCUGAGCGGGCUGUACGAGACAUAUACUUAUAAAAUGUUUUACCUUUGCAUCGUUCUCGAGUCUGCUCUUCUGAGCGCCGAGCGUUUUGGCAACAUUCCCGACAAGCUGGGAGAAUUGAAAGAGUCAAUUAGAUUGCUCGCAAGGCUUUCAGAAAGAUAG